GAGAGGAAAAGGGUUAAUGUUCUGCAAAGGGAGCCAGGCCCCAGAGGCCCCGCUCAGCCUGCCAAUUAGAGGCAGCCAGCUUCCAGCUGGGCGUAGCAGGGCAGGUAUUUAAGCAGGAAGAGGCAGCAGCCUAGGAGUUCCUCCUCUUAGACAAACCCCUGGAUUCUCUGAGUGACCCAGAGCCCAGCCAGUGAUCUGCUCCUGCUGGAGGGUGGCCUGUCUCCUGAGGACCCUUUCAGAUAAGCCUCUCCCUUCCCUUUUGGUUUUGAGCUGCCUGGGAUGUGGGUGAUGGAUUCUGCCUGACAGGUCUAUGCUGGAGGCAGGGCUGAUUCACUUCCCAGAGCCAGAUCAGUGCAUAGACAAACUAUAGACCCAGGCCUAAGGCUUCAGCUCCUGGGGUCCCACUUCUGACCCUCCUGGCUGCAGGGCAGUGGAUGGAAAAUGUGAACUGAGACUAACCAACGUGGCGAUGUCUGCCUGGGGUCUGGCCCGCCCUUGAAAGGCUUUGCCCCCAUGGAUUAUUCCAGACUCUCCCCACCGCCGCAGGGGAAACAAGCUGUCCCAGUAGAAGUGCAGUUCUGCUGUGUAUCGGCACUCCAGGCUUGGUGCAGGCACAGGAUGGCCAGGCUCCUGCGCAGGUUCAGGAGGAAGGCUCUGCAGGUGGCCCCAGAGCCUUCGGGAAGGAGCGGCCAUCUUCCCAAGGGGCAGAGCCACCUCUCCGUCCCCGCUGGCGGGGAAGCAGCUCCCAUGCAGGCCAGAAGGCAGAAGUUCCCAGCCUUCUGGAGAACAAGGCCAGCUACCGGCGCAGGCGCCGAGCUGGGAGAGGCCCCGACCAAGCCCAGGUGCAGCUGGCUCAGGAUGAGGUUUUGCGGACAGGACCCAGCCCAGGAGGGGUGCCGGGCAGGGAGGCUCUGGGGCCUGUUAUGUGGGCAGGAGCGGCCCCAGGAGCCCAGCCCUCAUUCCCAGCAGGGGGCAUCGCCCUGCCCGGGCUCUGAGGAUCUUUCAGCCCCCUCAGACCAGGAGGUGGAAGAUCCCAGCACCAGCACCAUCGGCUCAGCACGGGACAGCAGCAGUGCCUGGGGCUCCAGCAGCAGCGACGCCUCUGGACGCUGCUGCGUUGUUCCAGGGACCCCCACGGAGUCAGCGGCGGAGGAAUGGCUGGAGAUGACCACAGAGGAAGCUGCUCUCAAGGUCAUCAGAGAGCAGCUCCAGGGCAGAGACAAGGAUGAGGGGCAGCAGCUCAGGUUCCUGCGGGCCAUCUACCCCGCGUGUCUUGCUGCACAGGACAGAGGGCAGGACACGCUGGAGCCGCACUGCUGCAAGGCGGCUGUGGUGGAGAGGAUUGUGGAGCUCAUUGAGGAGCUUCCUAAAGACUCUCCACCCAGCGCCAUCCUCGCCAGCUGCCUGGCUGCUGUGGGCAACCUCAGCACCAUGAAACCAGCCCUUGAGCCUGAGCUAGAGUCCCGCCUCUUGCGAGCUGCCCUUGGCUCGGUCUUCACCCUGGGCACGGAGACGGACGACACCGACAUCCAGGCUCCGCACAAAGUCAUGCCAGAGCUCCUGGAUGCUGUGCUGGGGAACCUGCUGGCAGAGUCCCCAGACGCAGACAGGCUGCACUUCAUCUUGGAGCAUGUCAACCGCUGGAUCGUGUCUAGGGUGCCCCAGGAGAGAGCCAGGGCCAUUAAGAGCAGCACGGCCCUGCUGAGAUUUGCAGUCACCCUCCCCGAGUUUGACAUCUCAGCAGAGUUCCCUAGGCUGGGUCAGCACGUGGCCCAGCUGGCUCUGUUUGUGAGUUACCCAGACGAGGACAUCAGCCAGCAGGCCAUGGAGGGGUCUUACCGUCUGUACCAGCUGCUGCUCGAACAGAGGGGGCUGAGCAUACACGAGGUGGAGGAUCUGUGGUGCCACGACUGGUACUCAGACAGCAGGCUCCUGGGCUAUAAAAACACAGCCAGGGUGGGGGAGGUCUUUGGAAAAUUCUUCUCUGCGGGGCAGAGGAAAUGCUUCCUCAAGACAGCCGUGCCAGCGAUCUACGCCCCCCUGCUGGGCAUUAGCCAGGCUGGGCUUCUCCUCACGUACGCCAUCCUGGGGGAAGCCGAGCAACUGCUGGGGUACACGCUGGAGGACAUCACCGCCAAGCUGAUGGGUCAGCUCCGCAGCAUCCGGCAGCUGCACCAGGUGCCUGAGGUGCUGCAAGGGCUGGGCCUCCCCUGAUGCCCUUAAAGGUCCCCCCUCAGCAACUCCCGCUCCCUGCUGCAGAUCUUCGCACGGGUCGGCUUGCUGCGGGAGACACUGACGGACAUCAUCGUCUACAGUGCCAACUGGAAGGAACACCUCCAGCUGCGGGCGCUGGGCAGAGCAGGACUCACCGCAAACCGAGCCAAAUGUCACCUGGGCCAGAAAGAACUGAUCUACCCGGGCUAUAAGGUGGGCCGAGGGAAAAUACGGCCUUUGGUAUCUGAGCCACAAGCUGUUCUAUCUAAUAGGGAACCCCUUCUCCUUGGUAACAGACCACGCACCCCUCAGGUGGAUUAACAGCAUGAAGGACUCACACACAUGGAUCAUGCGGUGGUACAUGUCCCUCCAACCCUAUUCCUUCCGAGUGUUACACCGGCCGGGAAAGGCUCAU